AUGGCCAAAGUAGAAUUGAUUAAAGAUCCCCAAGUGUAUUUCGACUAUCUAUCGUCGGAUGAAAUCAAUGUUCUCGACGUGAGAUUCGUAAGCGACGAAAUGGUCGAGCUUCGUUACGAGUACAACGAGAACUUCGUCGAACCCAACGCCAAAACGAACGUAGUCAUCGCUGCUUUUACCACCGCUUAUGCCCGUCUCAAACUCUAUGGGGUGUUGGAUCAACUUCAGGAGCGAGUGUUAUAUUACGACACGGACUCUGUGAUAUUUGUUAGUAAACCCGACGAACCAGAACCACCGCUAGGUCCUUACCUAGGCCAGUUGACCGACGAAUUAAAAGAAGGACAUAUUACUACCUUCAUCUCGGGCGGACCGAAGAAUUACUGUUACAAGACUAGUACCAACAAGGUCGAGACGAAGAUACGGGGAUUACCUUAA